AUGAUGAUUUUGAGGACAUCACCAUGUGAUCCUUCGAGUGCUUGUUUUUCUGACUAAUUCCCACCAGAUUGCCUCCACACCACUCACACACAUUUCAGAGAUUUUCUUAGACAACCUUCCAUCUAUAAAUACAGACACGAUUUAGACAUAUUCCACAGCCAGAUCAUUUCCUCAGUAUCCUCUUGUAACAAAUAUUUCCUUCCUUCUCCCAAGUCAUUUGUGAACUACAGCCUCUUCCAAAGUCAUAAUAGAAACACAAAUGGCUCUUCUGUCUGGUAUAAUGCACGCUAAGAGGAUUGUUUGCAGGUCUGUUUCUGGUCUUGCUAAAAGUGUUCCGAAAGGCUACUUUGCAGUAUAUGUUGGAGAGGACCAUAAGAAGCGAUUUCUGGUACCCAUAUCAUACCUGAAUGAGCCUUCCUUUCAAGAAUUGCUAAGCGAGGCUGAGGAAGAAUUUGGGUUUGAUCAUCCGAUGGGUGGUCUCACAAUUCCCUGCAGGGAAGACAUCUUCAUCACUCUCACUUCUCGCUUAAAUGCAUUUUAGUGCAGGGCGCACUAAGCUUGAUCAGACUCGACACAUUUCUUCUCUAUGGCAGAAGGGACAGAGCAGGAAAUGUCCACCCACAUGACAGGAAUCACUGAAGUUUCUCAAGAAAAUAACAGUCUGGGAAUCCAUUCGCCCAGGAUCAUUCAGGUUAAGCACAUUCUCCAAUGAGUGCAGAUGACUCAAGGUCAUGAUCUAUCAGAAGGCCAAUGCUGUGCACAUUGGAGAAGCCCACCAGGAGGAGUUCCAAUUCUACAAGCAUCUUUUAGUUCUAGGCACUGGUAGUGGCUCGCAAUCGAGACAGACAUGAAAAUUGUGGUCUGUUAAACAUGAACUGUUUGACACCAUUGACCAAACUCUGUCUCUUCAAUUUUGAAUUAAGAGAUUUGGGUUAUUCCAUUAUUCAUUGUAAAAUUUUGCAUUUUUCUGCAAUGAAGUUUAGUAGUAAACUCUCCAUGCAAAUAU